GAAAAUAAGAAAAGAUUUCCUCGCGCGAAGGGGAGAAGAGGAAAACAAGAAAAGAUUUCCUCGCGCGAAGGGGAGAAGAGGAAAAUAAGAAAAGAUUUCCUCGCGCGAGGGGAGAAGAGGAAAAUAAGAAGAGAUUUCCUCGCGCGAGGGGAGAAGAGGAAAAUG